GAUUAAGAUUGUCAAUUAUUUUGUUGAAAUGUCUUUAAGUGAUCCAAAAAAUAGCUCAAUGUUUCCUAUAAAUUAAAAGACAAACAUGCAGACAAAAACCAUUAGGGUAGCCAUAACUAUAGAUCCUAAAGAUUUAGGAACUGCUGAAAGGUUAAUGAUAUCCACAGCAGAAAGCAAACAUAAAUUUAAAUAAAAUAGAUGUCAAAAACAAGACUAAAAACCUGGACCCAAAAUAGUUACUUUCAGAAAAAUGUUAACUUAAAUCUGAAAUAUGACUGUGGGCCACAUAAAACCUGUCUAAGUGUCAGGGUUGGGCCCCGCUCUGGGCUUCGAACACACCUGAUUUAUACAGUACAUGUGUUGGUGUUUGUCACAUAUCAGUAGCUUCACUGCCUGAGUCUCUUCCUUCUGCUCCGACCUCAGUUGGUCAGUUAACUUGUGCAUCGGUCUGGAGGUUUUCCCACCCUCUGAAGAUGUACGGCCUGUACUUGGAAGCAGUCAACGAUUACAUCAACGAAUCCUACGGAGAGGAUGUGUGGAGGCUGAUCGAGAACCGAGCAGAGAUUCCACACCUCAAGUUUGUCAGACAUCAGAUGUACAAUGAUAACCUGAUCCUUCGACUGGCAAAAGCUGCCGGCGAGGUCCUGGGAAAGACCCACGAUGAGCUGAUGUACGCCUUCGGGGUCUACAUGGUGAAGAGGAUUGGAAACUAUGGAUACGAACGUAUCCUGAAGGUGCUGGGACGAAAUGUACGCGACUUCAUCAAUGAACUGGAUAACCUCCACGAGUACUUUCGCUUCUCCUUCCCCAAAGUCCAGCCUCCGAGUUUCUGCGUGGAGGAGGAGUGUGAGACCAGCCUGACUCUGCACUACCGCAGCACCCGCAAGGGCUUCACACAGUUUGUCAAAGGACAGCUCUCUCAGGUGGGCCGGCAGUUCUACAACACAGACAUUGAAGUGGAAAUCCUGUCUAAGGAGGAGACAGAGAAGAUGACAUACGUGGUUUAUAAGAUGAACUUUGACAACGCAGCCUUCAAGCACCGCAUGCCCCAACAGAAGACUGCGCCAAGCUACGAGAAGCUGCCCAUGAAGCGGGGCAUCUUUUUCGACAUGUUCCCCUUCAGUGUUAUCUUCCGCCGCGACAUGACCAUGUACCGCAUUGGAGAUGGCCUCAAAGAGGUCUUCUCUGACCUCCAGGGCAAGAAGGUCAAUGAGGAGUUCACUCUGGUCAGGCCCAUGCUAGAGUUCAGCUGGGAUAACAUUUACACCCAUUUAAACAACGUGUUUGAGCUCUUGUCUAAAGCCGUGGUGGAGAGCAAGCAGAAGGUCAACAUCCCAAAACUGAACAAAGAGGAGCCAGAUGAGAAGGAGGAGAGCGAGAAGGCAAAAAGGGAAGAAGAAAGAGAACAAAAGGCAGUGGAGGAGAUAAAGGGCACGGACCAGGAGUACAGCAGUGCUCUCACCCAGUACAACAGCUCUGCCAACUCAGGGGGAGAAGACAUUGAGCUGCUGGCCUUCCAGACUGUGACUGGAAAGUGUAGCGAGACCAUAUUUGAGGACAUGCGGGAGCCUCCCAAGAAACCUCUCCAUCUGAAGGGUCAGAUGAAGUAUGUCCCCCAGUGGGACUCCCUCAUCUUCCUGGGCACACCCAUCAUCGAGACAGUGGAGGACAUGAUUAAAAUGGGUGUAUACGUGAACGAUCUGAAUCUGCACGACUCCAGCAGAGAGCUGAUUUUGGCCGGGACACAGCAGUCGGCUGAGCUGCAGCUGGCUCUCGAUCAGGAGCAACAAAAAUAUGCUCAGCUGCAGGAAAUCAUCAAAAAGCUGGACGAGGAGAAGAAGAGAGGAGACUCUCUGCUGUACGCCAUGAUCCCUAAAGCUGUGGCCGACCGCCUCAGGAAGGGGAUCACGGCACUGGAGACCUGCCAGGUCUUCCCAGACGUGACCAUCCUGUUCAGCGAUGUGGUCAAGUUUAAUGAGAUCUGCAUCCACAUCACACCCAUGCAGGUGGUGGACAUGCUGAAUGAGAUCUACAUCGUCUUUGACACGCUUAGCGAGAAGCACAACGUCUACAAGGUGGAGACGAUCCGAGAUGCCUACAUGGUGGUGGCAGGCGUUCCCAAUAAGACCACCUUCCAUGCACACCACAUCUGCGACAUGGCUCUGGACAUGCUGAGCUCCAUCGACCAUCUCAAAGACCCGUCUACAGGAGACAACAUCCAGAUCAGAGUCGGUAUCCACUCAGGAAUGGUGGUGGCCGGUGUGGUGGGUCUGAAGAUGCCUCGCUACUGUCUGUUUGGUGAUACAGUGAACACAGCCUCACGGAUGGAGAGCAAUGGAGUGGGCAUGCAGAUUCACAUCAGCCAGACCACCAAAGACCACCUGGAACAUGAGCCCUACAUCAUCGAGGAGAGGGGAAAAAUCUUUGUCAAGGGCAAAGGCUACAUGAAGACCUACUGGCUAAAAGGAAAGAAAGACCUGUCGUUCAAGACCCCAGCAGAGCUGCGCUACAGCAGUGAGCAGAAGGAUUCAGAGGACAAGAGCUCUAAUGAUUCCACAAGCACCAACGCCAAACGCAUGGCCUCAAACCUCCACAUCACCGGCAAUGAUGAGCAAGCUGAGGGAAAACCAAGCCCCAGUGACAUGCCCCUGGACACCCUGCCCCCACCAGAGGCCGCCAAUGAGCCUGCUGCAAAUUCAACUGAGCCUCAGGAAAAGGAGAAAGCCAAAAAGACUAAGAACAACAAGGGAGCGAAGCUGGAAGUGCCACAGGGAAAUGCUCUUCCAGAGUCCUCGUCACCAGCUGACGGCAUGGAGAACCCAGGUCCUCUACUCAACAACAAGAGAAACAGCUUCAGGCAGCAGUAUGCCAAGCUGCCCACCAACUUGCCUAUCCGCAGCUCCUCCUGCUCUAUCCUGUGAGAAAAAGUUUUUUCAUAGUGAUAACACGUGACGGUGAAGGUGUAAAGUAUAAUCAGGGGCUGCACAAAGCGGCCGCUUACAUUAUUCACAGUUACACAUAUCCUGUGUCCAUUAUGUCAUUGCAUGUCAAAGAGUUUAAAUUGAACAACAUUUUCACAACUUGAACUAAAGAAUAAUGUAUUCCAUGUUCUGAUGUUGCAACAUGGAAGUGUUUCAAAUUCAAAGAAUUAAAAAUGCUACUAAUAAUUUUAAAAAUCCAGUUCUUUACAUCCAUAGACCAUUUGUUAGGUGCAGAAAGUCAGCACUUUACAAGUUGCUCAUCAUCCCUUCCUUAUAUCUGAAAAAGGAAGUACAACAUCCUGUAUAAAGAGAAAUAGAUGCAGAGAGGAAACGGAACUCUACUGCAUAGGUGCAGCAGUUUUAAGCCAAGAGAUUCAGAUGGUUUUGUUGUUGUCACCUGUAAAAUAAAUCAGAUGAGCCACUUUGAGAAAUUACAUGAUGUCAAAGUACUUGUUAAUGAGGUACUGUUUCAUUAACCAUUAAUGAAAACUAGUCUGAGUCAGAGAGGCCUUCCAUCACUGACAACGUGGCACAGACCUGUUUAAACAUCAUUUACCAAGAGGUCACGUCCUGAAACCGUAAAAACAUCAAUUAAAAUAUGAAACGUGUGAAUACUACACUAUACACAUUUUCACUUAUUCAAGAAGCAAAAGACUAAAAAGAAUACUUGAAGUUUGAGACUAUAUUUUAGCUGAUUGAAAGAAAUGUUUCUCAUCAUUCACUAAAUCAUCAUUUCACUUAGUAAUUCAUUUUGAAAGUCUUUGGCGUGGGAGUGGAUUGGACGAUAAAACAAUUUAGGAAGUACGAAUACAGUGGUAUUCUUUUAUAGCUGUAUAAUCUUUGGUAAUGGGUAUACAGUAUGUCAGUGUUUUUGACAUCUUACAUUGGUGUCCACUUUCAAAAACCUGAACUAAUCAUUCCAAGCAACAGCAAAACAUUUGUACAAAAAAAUAAAGUACUCCACCUUGUGGCACGGCUGAUAACUGAUACUCUACAAUAACAGAAAUAAAGACUGAGGCUUCAUUUAGUUUUACUGAGUGUAGUCAUAAUCAUAGGGUUGUUUUAGGGUUUUUUCAGUUAAAUUGGGCUUUUCUUUAGCAGAGAUUUGUUUAGAGUUUCACACAUUUUCUCAGCAAUUCUUGUUUAAUUUGGCAUGUUACUGACUGCAUGUUGUUUCACUGUAUGAUGGUUUCUGUUUAUAUAAAAACUGUAUGUACAGGCACAAAAGUUGGUCUGGUGUUUUUUAUUAGAGCUGUCAAACUGAGAACGACAUGCACUGAUCGUCUGGUAAUUCCACUGUCCAAUCAUGUUACCUUGCUCUAAUACCCAGUCAGUACACAUGUUACUGUUACAUCUGUAACAUGUAUUGAGUAAAGAGUUUUUGUUUCACAGAAGCAGCUCAAGCCUAAUACCAUUUCAGCACCAGUGUCUUUGUGGCAGCUUCAACUUCCAGUUACAGAGCACAAGGAUGCAAGUCUACGGUUGACUGUUGAAAUUUCAAAAAGGAUUGUGAUGGACUGUAGACGUAUUGACCAAUUUUGAAGCUCUAGACCUGCUUCGUAAAUCACCGUCAAGAUGCACAGUCAAAUUCACCAACUCACCUAAAACUUGAAUAAUAAUUGAGUUUGAAUACAAUUUCUUUUACCCUAUUUAAGAGUCACAGUGAAGAUAGAGUCAAUCCCAGCAGUCCAGGGUGUAAGGACAGGGUACACUCUGGACUGUUCAAGAGAAAAAUCUAAAAAGCCAAAAAUAACUAAAAGCUAAAUGAAAUAACCUAAGUUACCAAAUUACGACAGUGCAAUGUGUAGUUUAUUUUGACAUUUUAAAUGAAAGUGUAACUAAAGGUAAAGCUCCAACCCAACUAAAACAACUUACAAGGCUCUCAUUAACUGAAUCAUCACAGUUUCUCAUGUAUAGUCCUGAUGAGGACAAAAUGCCACUGAUGGAAUAACUACAAACUCUUGAUAAUAAACCAAUUCUGCACAAACUGACCAUAACAGGGAUUAUAAUUUAGCAGAAAUCUUAAGACACCUAGUAGAAAGUAGGCAGGUCUGGAUUAGUGAGUAGAACAUCCUUUAGAACAUUAGGACAUACAGGACGGAAAACAGGCAUGGCAGCCAACAGAACCCAACUAAGCACAGAAACAAGACAAAGCACAGAACCACGGCAAAGCACAGCAGCCUUGCAAAGCAGAAAAGCGGCAUUCCA